AUGGUCUCAAAUCCUUUGCUGACACGAGUAGCGAGCCACGACGCUGAGCCAUCCUCACAACCGACAUCCUCUGCUGUCCAUACUACUGCACUCAAAACACACAAAAAGGCCAGGUCCCGCUCGACCAACAUGAGCUUUAGCAACCUCGUCUCCCCGCGGAGCCAGAACUACGAACGGUUAGAGGGCGGGCAUGGGCCGAGCAGGGCGGGCGCAAAGAGGUUUGCGUGGAGGAAGUUCGCGAUUGCAGCUGCCGUUCUCAUUGGGCUGGUAUGGGUGUUCGGUCCCCGCGAGAGGAGGGAAAUGUUCGACGAUUUACCGCCUGUGACGGUGCCGCAUCAUGCGGACGACCGGCCAGUGGUUGCCCAACCCGCUACGACACUCCCUGCGACUGUACCACGCCCGACAUCGUACGCCUCUGAUCCGGACCCCUCGAAAACGGUACACUGCACCAAACCGUAUAAGCCCUCACUCCCUCUGGUACAGUACGCUCUUAUGAUCGAUGCCGGCUCGACGGGGUCGCGCAUACACAUCUACAAGUUCAACAACUGCGGGCCGUCCGCGUCGUACGAGUACGAGGUGUUCAAGAUGACGAAGCCGGGCUUGUCGUCCUAUGCUGGUUCUCCUUCGGACGCAGCGAAGAGCCUGGACAUCUUGCUGGACGAGGCGGUGAAGACUGUCCCCGAGUCGUUGCGGAAGUGCACACCGGUGGCGGUCAAGGCGACCGCCGGGCUACGUAUGCUUGGUGCAACUGAGAGCCAGGCCAUUUUGGACGCCGUCAAGGCCAGGCUGGCGGAGGCGUACCCAUUCCCGCUUUCGAACGAGGACCCUGUCGUUAUCAUGGACGGCAAGGACGAGGGAGUGUACGCUUGGAUCACCGCCAACUACCUCCUGAAUACCAUUCGCGCGGACAGCCCGAGGGAGGAUCAACCUUACGCGGUCCUGGACCUCGGCGGAGCGUCCACGCAGAUCGUCUUCGAGCCUCAGUUCGACAACCCGGAGAAGUUCCAUGAGGGCGACCACAAGUACGAGCUCAAGUUCGGUGACAAGACGCAUGUCUUGUACCAACACUCAUACCUUGGCUACGGGCUUAUGCAGGCGCGGAAGAGCGUGCAUAAGGUCGUUGACUUCAUGUCGAGUUUCCGUUCCAAGUCCAAGAGUGACACAGGCGUCAUUCCGAACCCGUGCCUCGCGAAGGGCACGAAGCGAAGGGUCGAAAUCGAGGACGAAAAAACUGGCAAUAGGAACGUGACCAUGGUAGGGGAGGAUGUUGGUAGCUUCGAGGCUUGUAACAGAGUAAUGCAGCUGGUGCUAGCUAAGGAUGCCAUCUGUGAAACAAAACCCUGUUCAUUUGACGGUGUCUACCAGCCUUCUAUCCUGGACACGUUCCCCAACGGGAAAGUCCUCCUCCUCUCCUACUUCUACGACCGCCUGAGCCCCCUUCUUCCUCCAUCCACCACGAAACUGACGAUCUCCGCUAUUGCCACGCUCGCGGGCCAAGUCUGCGAAGGCAAGCGGUCCUGGGAAGACCACUGGGGCCCGGAGCCGAAUAUCAUGGAGGAGUUGUACGACAGACCCGAGUGGUGUCUGGACCUCACGUUUAUGCAUGCGCUGCUCAGGCUCGGGUACGAGUUCGGGGACGACCGCGAGGUGAUGAUUGAGAAGAAGAUUGAGGGGACGGAGCUGGGGUGGAGCUUGGGCGCUGCGAUCGCUAUGGUGGGCGGUGAGCUGAAGUGUAAGGUUUAG